AUGUCAAGAAGGACUCGUGGAACUAGAGAUACUGCUAAAGAUAUUAUACUUGGUUUAGCGCCAUCUGGACAAGGUCCCAAAGCCCCCAAGGAAGGCCAUGCAGUCACACCAAAGACGCCGGAAAGACCACCACGUACUGGAGAUGAUGGAGCACUUAUACGCCUCCAAAGCCAAUUGGCACAAAUGCAACAACAGAAUCGAGAUUUGGCGACAGCAGAAAAGGCAGCUAGAAAACGAUUGGAACAAAAUCAAGAUGCGCUUACACGACGUCUGCAGAACAAUGAGUCAUCUGGAGUGCAGUCUAGAGAUUUUGAUGAUGUCAGAAGGCAAAUGAACAGUAUGGACGCGAAGUUGAUGAUAAUGAACAACGACAUAUCAGGUCUAAGGAAUUCCAUGGACCGCCAGGUUACUGAUCUUAUGCAUAUAAACAACGAAAUGAAAAGCCGACCAGUUGUGGAUCCAUCUAAAAUAUCCAGCGCCAAUUCUCAGCUGGAUUCUAAACUACGAGAUAUGCAUAAUCAAGUGAUGGAGCUUCAAAAAAAUUUGAACAGAGAACAAAGGGACAGAGAAAAAGAUAGUAAGACUGCCGGUGAUGGAAUCCAACGUUUACAAGACAUGAUUCGACAUCAAGACCUGGCUCGCCAAGAUAUAAUGACCAACUUGUCGAAGAAAGGAGAUGUUGAUAAGGAUAAAUUGAAUGAGGAAACAAGGAGACUCAAUGAUAAAAUAAAUUUGAUCACCGCAGAAGUUACUCGAAAAAUGACAGAAAACCAGCAGAAAACAAAAGAUGAUUUGAAUUCAAGAAUUUCGGUUUUGGAGAAUAUGAUUCGUACCCAAACAGAGCGUUUUGUAGCGAAUGAAAAUGAGAUGCGCCUUAGCUAUGAGUCAAGAUUGGCUGAUCUAUCCGGGCAAUUGGAUGUUGCGAUGAAACAAAUCUCGAGUGAAAAAGCAAAACAAAAAGAAAGAUUCCAAAAAGUCAACGAGGCUCUUGCUGCUCUAGAACAUCAUUUAGAGUUGGGAAACAACAAAAUAGAUAAACUGAUGAAUUCGGAAAUUCAAGCAAGAAAACUCCACGAGAAAGGUUUGCUUGCCAAGAUGACCGACAUAGAAGAUAGAGUCAAUAAUUAUGUCGGUGGAAUGAAUAAAUCAAUUGAUGAGAUGAAAAAUGGAAAUAAUAAUGUGAAGAUGCCCGCUUUGGACACAGACGCACUCCGCCGAGAAAUGGAGGCUAUUGCUGCAGAUAAAAACAAAUUGAGUAUGGAAGGACUUCUCAAGUUGGAAGAGAAAAUGAGCAGAGUUCAGCAAGGUUUCUACCACGACCGUAAGGAAAUGAAUCAAAGACUCACGGAUCUUGGAGAUGGGGAACAUGUUAGCAAAAUUCGUGCUCAGCUCAACAAAAUGGAUGCGCUUCAGGAGGAUAUGGAAAAAGCUCAAGAUAGAAUACGAGAUAAGGUUGAGAGGCAGAUCCCACAAGAUUUAAACGAAUUGUCGGCCAAAGCGGAUAAUAUAAAACAUCAAUUGAAUACCAGAAUCGACAACGAAGAAGAAGAAAGAUACUUGGCGAUCAAGGAACUCCAGGAAGCCUUCACCACUCUCCAACAAACGCAAUAUAACGGUGGAAAAACUGCGGCGACAUCAGAUCAACAGAUGAAACGCGACGUGGAUGAAUGCAAAAUUGCUAUCAAAAAACUUGCUGAGUCAGUCACUACUGUCAAAAAUGUGCUUGACAAGAAGAUAACAGAUGAGACUAAACGAAGAGAAGACGAUGUCAGCUCCCUACGUCGCCAAAUGAGCUAA